AUGUCUACCGAUAAAAUCGACUCCCUCCUCCAACAAUACCUCCUCCUCCUCAACGAAUACACCACCCUCCGCACCACCCUCAACCACCUCCAGUCAUCCCUCUACCAGCACCUCGCCCGCGCCAACUUUUCCGCCCAACCCGGCGUGAGAUACUACGGCCAAGACUACUACGAUGAGCGAAUGCAAUCCACCUCCCAUCUCGACAUCACCAUCUCUUCCGAAACCAACACACCCGAGUUCAGCCUUGUAAGACCACCAGUCACAAAUGAUAAACCAUUAGAGAAGCCAAAACCCAGCCACAACACCAAAGAGCAACCCCAAACUCAGGACGGGCCAGGAUCAACACAGCAUGCCAACAACACCAACCCAUCGUCACCACAUCCACCGCCCAAAAAUGAAGCUGGUGAUGGCAAGGCCAGAGACGAAGCAGAGUCAAAAAGGGAUGAUUCGCAACCAACCCCAACAUCAAAACACAAGAACUCCACCAACCCCCUCCACUGGUUCGGCAUCCUAACCCCCCUCCCCCUCCGCCUCGCCCAAGCAGACGCCAAAACCGCCGUCGAGGAUAUCAUCCCCAAACUAGCAACCCUCAGCGAGCAGUUGAAAGCCCUCGAAGUUGAAGUCAGACGUGAGAGAAAGAAGAGGGCCAAGGCCGAGAAGGAAGAGUCCAAACAACAAAAAGAUCAAAACAGAGGCCGCUGUGGAGGUAUAAGCACUAUCAACUUAAACGUGUAA